AUGGAUAAAAUAACAAAAGAAUAUGAUAAUAUACGUGAACGUAUUGAAAAUUAUGUUCAAAAGUUUAUAAAUGAAAUUGAAAAACAACGUGAUCAUGCAUUACAAAUAAUAAAUCAACGACAACAUUUAAAUGAUGAAGCCUUUUGGACAGGAAAUGGUUUUGAUAAUGGUGAAAAAUUAGAUUUUUUUAUUUCACUUGUUCAAACAGGACAAAAAAAAUUAUUAGCAAAAAAUAUUACUGAUAAAGAUCUUAUUGAAUUAUCGGAUAAUUUACAUACAAUGCCUGAUGUUGAUGAAAAAUUAAUUGAAUUAAUACAAUUUUCACAAUUAAAAUUAGAAUUUGAUGAAUUAUUACCAACGAAAAAAUUUAUUCAUCUAUCAGAUUUUCAAGAAAUAAAUAAUAAAGAUGACAAGUCAAUUAACAAUAAUGAAGAAAACGAUUGCAUUAGUCCAUAA